AUGAUGGAAGGCAAAACGGCUACUUCUUGCCCAAAUCACUUGCCGAAGUUUCAGGGAAUGGCCAAGAAUAACCUGAAGCAGGUGUUUCGAAGGACGCUUCUCCAGACUCAGGUUAUAUUCGACCGAGGCUCCAACGCUGUCGUAUUGCAGACCAUCCUGUUUUUUGGUUCUUGCGUGGCGUUGUUGUACCACUUUGGUGUUAUGCAGUUUUGCUUGGUGAAGUUGGCUUGGGUCAUGCAAGCAACGAUGGACACCAGUUCGACGGAAUCUUUAAACGCCGUCGCGUCUACGCUUUUAGGCCAGUCCGAAUCGCCGCUGUUGAUUCGUCCGUACCUCAGUAAAAUGACUGAAUCUGAAUUGUUUGCAGUCAUGUGUGCUGGUUUUGCGUCAUCCGCCGGUUCCCUGUUCGCUGCUUACGCCUGUCCCGCAUAUGUUGUUGCUGCUAGUAUAAUGUCUGCGCCUGCGUCACUUGCUUGCUCAAAGUUGUUCUUUCCUGAAACGGAACAGUCAAAGACAAAAUCCGUCGAAGAGUUGAAACUCUUAGAUGAGAAAUAUAGAAACGCAUUGGAAGCCAUAUGCAGUGGAGCCGCUAAUGUUGUCGACAUAAUAUUUCAUAUCGCCGCAAGCCUUCUGGUGUUCAUAUCGUUUCUCACCUUUGCUAACAGCACAAUCUCCUGGUUGGGAGACAUGGUCGGGGUAGCCGGCUUCACGUUUGAGCGCAUCUUCUCCUACAUCUUCUAUCCGGUAGCCUACAUAAUGGAUGUCAGCGAUUCGACUGAUCAAAAGGAGUACACACGAGAGACGAUGAUCUUCGCAGAGCUAAUGGGCACGAAGAUAGUCCUGAAUGAAUUUCUCGCCUUCAAAAAAAUGGGUCAGUACGUAAAGGAUGGUCUUCUAAAGGUGAGUUCUUUUUUAUUGUGUAAGCUGAUCUACAAGUGGAACAGAGGCAAAACACUACAGAAGAUUGCCCCACAUAGAUUUCUUGGCUCCACAACCUUAAAAAACGACAGUCCCAUUGAGCCAGAGUUAAAAGGGAGGAUCGCCAUAGCCUCGAGUGCUUUUGGAAAUCUCGCCAAUAUUUCGUCUGAGAAAGAAGUUACUCUUUCCACAAAUAUCCCUGCCUCUGUGAGGUCAUUGCUGUUGUACGUCAUGGAGACAGUUUUUCUAACGAUGGAGCAAGAGUGACA